AUGAAACUUCUCAAGAGCCUCAGAGGGCUGCUCCUCUUUGCAUCCCUGUUUUCCAUCUGCUCGGGACAUAAUGCAGUGACUGUAGCCUGUUCUGUUGACUGGUUGACAGUCACAGUGCAACCUUUCUUGCUGAACAGCAAUGUGUAUGUCCACUCCCAUGAAUUAUAUUUGGGCCAGGGUUGCCCUGUCAAUCAUGUGAGGCCACAUGUCUAUGAGUUCACCUACCAUGUCACACAAUGUGGCAUCAGAGCCAAGGCUAUCUCCCAGGGCAUCGUUCUUUACAGCACCGAGAUACACUAUGCCUCAAAGUCUAUGGCAUUGAAACACAUGAUCCCAGUGGCAUGUGCUGCCUCCCAAAAGUUCCCAUGGUUCACUACACCUAGUCCUGCAGAAGUGCCCUGGGAGAAACGAAUCACAGUCCAGAAUGAUGAGACAGGCUAUGAUGUGUUCUCAUUGGCCCAAUUUACUCACAAGCCCCAAUGUGAUUGCCCACCCUGUGUUCACAGUGAACAAGGGCAAACCUCUCAACCAGCAGAGGUGGCGGGGGCUACCCCAACGCUAGUAUCUUCCCUUAUGGAUAUUCCAGAUAAUUGGUGUCUUCUCUCAGAUGAUCUACUUGGGCCUAUGUGA